AUGGACGCUGCCCUCGAUUAUUUCACGGAGAUGAUCACGCCGAUGGCACACAAUUCAACGAUGGAUCUCUCUCACGCAAGUAAUGACAUUCCGACAGCACCACGUCCGAUUUCUCGCCUACCAAGGAUCGACCUUCCCACGUUUGAUGGUUCGUUCGAGCGCUGGGAAACAUUUCGCGAUCGGUUUAAAUCCAUGAUUAUCAAUGAUCCGAGUUUAACUAAUGUCGAGCGAUUGCAUUACUUAUGUUCGAGCGUUUCCGGAUCCGCCGGGAACGCUUUAAGCCACUUGACCGUGACCGAUGCGAACUUUGACGUCGCAUGGCGCAUCUUAUCGGCGCGAUAUGAGAACAAACGUCGACUUGUAAAUUCACAUUUAGAAUCGCUCUGGGCGUUGCCCGCAGCCGCGCACGAAUCCUCGAAAGAUUUACAAACGUUACUCGACUCUGCGGAUAUGUCGAUACAUGCGUUGAAAAACCUUGGCUGUCCAGUAGAUACAUGGGAUGAUAUUCUUGUAUUCCUAGUGUCGCAACGGUUAGAUAAGACAACACGAAAGGCGUGGGAACUCAAAUUAGAACAAUCAAAAGAGCCUCCGUCGUAUUCUGACCUUCACGUGUUUUUAGAAUCACGGAUUCGCGCCUUUGAAGUUCUUGCGCCAAGAAAAGCGAGCAGUGCCACCGAUACUGCCGCGUCAAAAGCGAAAGCCGUGAAAUCAAUAUCCUCGCAUGCGACGUCAGUAAAAUUUCAAUGUUUCGUUUGCAGGGGAGAUCAUCCCUUGUAUCAAUGCUCACAAUUUUUGUCUUAUACUCCGGAGCGUCGAUUCGAAUUCAUAAAAACAAACAAACGAUGUUAUAAUUGCCUUGCCUCAAAUCACACUCUUAAGGAAUGUAAUAAUCCGUACCGUUGUCGUGAGUGCCGACAAAAACAUAAUACGCUUCUUCAUUUAGCGAAACCGGCGGAAUCACCGUGCGAGGAAACGGCGAAUGCGACAGACCCUACCAAAAUAAAUACAGUCGACAGGACUGUUUCGCUUUCCAUUGCAAUGCCCGUUAGGACUAAACGAGCCGCUGUUCUAACAACCGCGCGUGUUCGCGUACAUUCCCCGCACGGUCGGUUUGCAGUCGCGCGGGCAUUAAUCGAUACAGGUUCGGUCGUUAACAUAAUAUCCGAAAAUCUAGAGCAACUCCUACGUCUUCCGAGAAUGAAGGACCGCGUCAACGUUUCGGGCAUCGGCAAAAGGAAAUCCGCGGCGCAUCAUGCCGCAAAUAUGAUGAUUAGUCCUGCAACGAGCAACGAGCCCGCGUACUCAAUUAACGCAAUCAUUUUGCCAUCAUUGUCGGAUUAUGCUCUCGUUAAGGUGCCGUCGAGUGCGCCACUAACACACCUUCAAAAUCUUCCGCUAGCCGAUACCGAUUUCUUAAGUUCCGAUCCCAUCGAGAUUGUCCUCGGUUCGGACAUUUACGCAACGAUACUUCGGGACGGAAUAAAGAGGGGCGCUCCCGACGAACCGAUAGCCCAGAACACGUCGCUCGGGUGGAUCCUGGCCGGAUCGCCAGCGAGAUCGAGUUCAAUUAACACCAUUCACGUACAUCAAGUUGCGAUUGUGGACGAUCUAAACACCACGCUCCGCAGAUUCUGA